AUGACUGAUAAAAAGAAGAAUCUUUUACUUUUCUUCGACAGACCUACUGAGCCAUGCUUUAUGCCAAAAGACGGUUCAGUUUUCCAACUGCCCAGCAAUUAUUUCCCUGAGAAGUACAAGGAUUCGAGCAAUGUGCUCUCCAGCCGUUUCGGUGAGGGUGCCACCCCCAUACCCUUGAGGAACAUAGCGUUACCCAACCUGUCUCUGCCCAUGCAACUGCCCUACCAUGACCAGUUCUCACUCUUCGUGCCCAAGCACAGAAAGAUGGCGGGCAACCUCAUUGAUGUUUUCAUGAAUAUGAGAGAUGUCGACGACUUGUUGUCCGUCUGUUCGUACUGUCAGCUGAGGAUCAACCCGUACAUGUUCAACUACUGCCUCUCCGUUGCUUUGCUGCACAGAGAGGACACCAAGGGUCUGAACUUUCCGUCGUUCGCAGAAACCUUCCCCGACAAGUUCGUCGACCCCAAGGUGUUCCGCAAGGCGAGAGAGACCAGCAGUAUAGAGCAGCCUGGGGACAGGAUCCCGUUGCUCAUCCCGCAAAACUACACGGCGGCGGACUCGGAGCCGGAGCAGGCCGUGGCGUACUUCCGCGAAGACAUUGGCAUCAACCUGCACCACUGGCACUGGCACCUCGUGUACCCGUUCGACUCCGCCGACCGCUCCAUCGUCGACAAGGACCGGCGCGGGGAGCUCUUCUACUACAUGCACCAGCAGAUCAUAGCUAGAUACAGCGUGGAGCGCCUGUGCAACAACUUGGCGCGGCCGCGGCGCUACAUCGACUUCCGGCAGCCCAUCGAGGAGGGCUACUUCCCCAAGCUGGACUCGCAGGUGGCCAGCCGCGCCUGGCCCCCGCGCUUCGCCGGGUCCACGAUCCGCGACCUGGACCGGCCCGUGGACCAGAUCCGCAGUGACGUCACGGAGCUGGAGACGUGGCGCGACCGCUUCAUUGAAGCCAUCAACAAUAUGGCCAUCGUUCUGCCCAACGGGCGCCAGAUGCCGCUGGACGAGGAGACCGGCAUCGACGUGCUCGGCAACCUCAUGGAGUCCUCCAUCAUCAGCCGCAACCGCACCUACUACGGCGACCUCCACAACAUGGGGCACGUUUUCAUCUCCUACUCCCACGACCCCGACCACAGGAACCUGGAACAAUUCGGUGUGAUGGGAGACUCUGCGACGGCCAUGCGUGAUCCUAUCUUCUACCGCUGGCACGCGUACAUUGACGACCUCUUCCAGCUGUACAAGGGCAAACUACCACCUUACGGAAGGGAUAGACUGGACUUCCCCGGCAUCCGCGUGUCGAGCGUGUCACUGGCGGGCGGGCCGGCGCUGCGCACGCAGUGGGAGCAGAGCACGGUGGACCUCGGCCGCGGCUUGGACUUCUCGCCGCGCGGCAGCGUGCUCGCGCGCUUCACGCACCUGCAGCACGACGAGUUCGAAUAUGUGAUCGAGGUGAACAACUCGAGCGGGUCGGGCGCGAUGGGAACGGUGCGCAUAUUCUUAGCGCCUGUGUUGGAUGAAAAUGGCCAACAACUCUCGUUCGACGACCAACGCCGUCUCAUGAUCGAAUUGGAUAAAUUCACUCAAGCUUUGCCCGCUGGUAACAGCACGAUCAGGCGUAAGAGCUUGGACUCUUCCGUCACGAUCCCCUACGAGAGGACCUUCCGUAGCCAAAGCAACCGACCUGGCGACCCUGGCUCUGCAGAAGCAGCCGAGUUCGACUUCUGUGGCUGUGGGUGGCCGCACCACAUGCUCAUACCCAAGGGAACCACGCAAGGGUACCCCAUGGUGCUGUUCUGCAUGAUCACCAAUUGGAAUGACGAUAGGAUCGCACAAGACCUGGUGGGCACCUGCAACGACGCGGCAUCGUACUGCGGCAUCCGCGACCGCAAGUACCCGGACCGCCGCCCUAUGGGCUUCCCCUUCGACCGGCCCACGCCCGCCGCCAGCCUCGCCGACUUCCUCACGCCCAACAUGGCCGUCAGCGACGUCUCCGUGCGCUUCACCGAUGCCACCCGCCAGCGGCAGCGACGGUCUGAGAAAAAGAGUUCUAAAACGAAAAGUUCUAGAAGCAGAAGUCAGUCACAAAAGGGAAGCAGCCAACCAAAGAAAAACGAAGAUAUUCAAGAAUAUAUAGGUUAUGUAAAGAAACCCCCGCAAGAGGAUAAAGCAGAAUAUGACAAGCUGGUGGGUCGUAUAGGCCUCGGUUUUGAGAAGAGGACGGCGACCUCGUACGGACUGCGGGCGCCGAUCAUCCCUGAGUCUUUAGCGGUUGUCGGGCGAAAAUAUGAAAAGAAAGGGGACGAAAUUAAUAAGGGUUUAACCAUUUUUGUU